AUGCGCCUUCAACCACCCUCCGGAACUGGUACGCCAGUCACCGAACCAGUGAAUACCCCAGUGCAAGAGGUGAUCGGUGAAAUCUCCGACGAUGUCACCAGCGAUGUGCCCAAGCGAAUGGCCAUUAUCGGCAUGUCCUGCCGCCUACCAGGAGAUGUUUCUACGGCCGACGAAUUCUGGAAUCUCUGCUCUCGAGGCCGAAGUGCUUGGUCGCCAAUUCCCAAGAACCGAUUCAACCCCGAGUCCUUCUAUCACCCCGACCCCGAUCGACCAGGCUCGUUCAACCCAGUCGGAGCCCAUUUCCUAACAGAAGACAUUGGCCUGUUUGACGCGCCUUUCUUCAAUAUCACCCUCCAGGAGGCCCGGUCAAUGGACCCGCAACAGCGCAUUUUGCUCGAAUGUGUGUAUGAAGCCCUUGAAAACGCGGGCAUUCCGAACCAUGAGAUCACCGGGAAGAAGGUUGGCGUCUUUGCAGGUGGCUCAUUCCCCGACUAUGAAAUCAACAACACAAGAGAUAUCGAAGCUGUUCCUAUGUACGCUGCAACGGGAACGGCUAUGGCAUUGCAGGCGAAUCGAGUUUCGUAUUAUUUUGACCUGAAUGGGCCCAGUGUUACCGUCGACACGGCUUGUUCUUCUAGUCUGUCUGCUUUGCAUUUGGCUUCUCAGAGUAUCCGAAAUGGCGAAUGUUCAUUGGCAAUUGUAGGAGGUUGUCACUUGAAUAUAGUUCCCGAGGCUUUUAUCUCCAUGACCCGUUCUAGACUGCUUGCCGACACUGGUCGGUCAUAUGCUUUCGACCACCGAGCCACUGGGUUUGGCCGAGGCGAAGGCGCAGGAUGUAUCAUAUUGAAGUCUCUCGAAGAUGCAGAGGCUGCUGGUGACGCUAUCAGAUCUGUAAUUGUCAACAGCGGUAUCAACCAAGAUGGACGCACCAGGGGUAUCGCGAUGCCGAACGGCAAGGCACAGGAGGCAUUGAUCCGCCAAGUCUAUAAAGAAGCACGCAUCGAUCCGGCCUUGGUAGGAUUUGUCGAAGCCCACGGGACAGGUACCAAAGUUGGAGAUCCCCUCGAAGCUACAGCAUUGAACGCCGUCUUUGGAAAAGGACGCACACCGCGCCAACCUUUGCUUGUGGGAUCCGUGAAAUCGAACAUUGGUCAUACGGAAGGAACAAGUGGUAUUGUGUCUGUGAUCAAGACCGCUCUCGCCCUUGAGCGUGGCUUCGUACCCCCGAACUGCAAUUACGAGAAGACAAAUGAAGAGAUUCCCCUGGAUAAGUGGAACAUGAAGGUUCCCAAGAAGCUGAUGCCAUGGCCACGUGGCAAGCCCUACGCAAGUGUGAACAACUUUGGAUUUGGCGGGACCAAUGCCCAUGUUAUUCUCGAGCGUGGCCCUCGACACGAAGGCGACCUUUCACAGAACAACGAUCCGCUAACGCGCAAACUGUAUGUUGUCUCUGCAUACGACAAACAGGCUGCGCUUCAGCUUGGCAAGUCGAUCGGAUCGUAUCUCGAUCUUCAUCCACCCGUUUUCGACGACAGCCUUCUGGGAAAUCUGGCAUAUACCCUUGGCGAGCGACGAUCGUUCCUCCCAUGGAGACUGGCGGCCUCUGCGAGUGUUGGACAAGCGCUGACUGCCGCCCUUUCGAACAACGCUGAGCCCAUCCGUUCAUCUAAAGAACCCACCGUCGGCUUUGUCUUCACCGGACAAGGUGCGCAAUGGCACGGUAUGGGCAAGGAACUUCUGAGCUCCUAUCCGAUUUUCCAGCAGACCAUGGAAGAUGUGGACGUUUGCUUGAAGAAGCUCGGUGCUACCUUCUCUAUCAUAGAUGAACUACUCUUGAGCGAUCCCAGUGCAAGCUCAAUCUCGGCUGCAUACAUGAGCCAGCCUGCUUGCACUGCAGUUCAGCUGGCAUUGGUUGACUUACUGGCAUCAUGGGGAAUUCGCCCGAAGGCAGUUGUCGGCCACUCCAGCGGAGAGAUUGCAGCAGCCUAUGCGGCAGGCAUUCUCAGCCUCGAAGAGUGUGUUCGCGUGGCAUACUCUCGUGGAGUCGUAGCCAACCUUGUCGCAAACAACGAGCUCAUCAAGGGCGGCAUGUUAGCUGUGGGGGCUAGUGCCUCCGAUAUCCAGCAGAUCUUGGAUGCCAUGCGAGGCAAUCGUGCUGUCAUUGCCUGUGUGAACAGUCCCUCCAGUGUGACUUUGUCUGGAGAUGCGGAAGUUAUCACGGAUCUCCAGACUGCCUUGGACAAAGAAGGGAUAUUCACUCGCCGACUGCAGGUUGAAGUUGCCUACCACUCUAAUGACAUGAAGAUCGUGUCCCAGGAGUACCGAUCUUUGCUUGGCAAGAUUGCUGCCCGGGACUCGGAUAUUCCGUUCCAUUCCACCGUUCAUGGAAAGUUGGUCCCUGGAAGCAGCCUGGGUGCCGGAUACUGGGUCGAUAACUUGGUCUCCCGCGUUGAGUUUGUUGAGGGAUUGAAGAGCCUUGUGACCGACACACGGGCAAAUUCACCAAUCAACACCUUGGUUGAGAUUGGCCCUCACCCUGCUCUUCAAGGUCCAGUGAAGGACAUUGUCCAGCAGAAUGCCCCGACACUCAAUGUGCAAUACCUCCACACAUUGAAGCGCAAGGUCGAUAGCAUCGAGGCAGUGCAGAACCUCGCUGGCUCACUGUUCACGCAGGGCUUGAACCUCAACUUCCAGGCGAUCAACUUCCCGAACGUGGCCGCAACAUCAAGAAAGCCAGCUCUUUUGACGAAUCUGCCUAAGUACCCCUGGAACCACUCAGAGAGAUACUGGUUCAGCUCACGGCUUGGUGACAACCAUUUCCAUCGCCAAUUCCCCCGAAGUGAUAUCCUUGGAUCGCUCUGCAUUGAAAAUGUCGACUUCGAGCCCCGAUGGAGGAACAUCAUCCGCGCCGAUGAUCAUCCCUGGAUCCGAGAGCACAGAGUACAUGAUAGCAACGUAUAUCCCAUGACCGGAUUCUUGGCCAUGGCCAUGGAAGCCAUCUCGCAGCAUGCGAAACUGCACCAUAUCUCUCCAGGCAGAAUUGAACUCCGCGAUAUCUUUAUUAACCGCGUCCUCACAAUUCCGGACAACGUUUCAGUCGAGACAAUGCUCAGCCUUAAGCCGUCUCGCUCUGAAGCACCAAGCAAAUCAGUACUCGGCUGGCACGAGUUCAAAGUUUUCUCAUGGGCCGAGGGGCGCGGAUGGGACCAGCACUGCAAUGGCUUCAUCAUGGUACAGGAAGCUAAGGAUGUCAACCCAGUAGAUGGUUCUCGACAGGCUCUUGAGAAGACUGCGCGGUUCACGCAACAAGCAUUGGACAUGCGGAGCUCAUGCAACGCGCCGGUGGACAGCAAGAUCCUAUACGAAACCAUCAGUGGCGGUGGUGUGCAUUACGGCCCACUAUUCCAGGGACUGACUGACGUCUCUGUUGGUGAUUCUCAAGCAAUGGCAACCAUUCAUGUCCCAGACACAACGGCAGUCAUGCCUCAUCAGCAUGAGUCUCCCUGCAUUGUGCACCCUGUGACGCUUGACCUAUGCAGUCAAAUCAUGUGGGUACUACGUGGGUACGGUCAGCCUGGCCCGCAAAUCACCCAUGUGCCUUCGCAUGUCAAGCAGGUGUCGGUUAGCCUGAGCCAGGAUAUCCGCGCUGGCACCGUUCUCCAGCUGUAUGGCAGCCAGUCAGGCACUGAAUCCGCGAGCAACCCCCACAAUAACCGCAUCUUCGCCACUGAUCCCAGCAACCCGGCAAAUAAGCUCAUUGAAAUCAACAAUAUCACUCUCGUGCCCAUCUCAAACGAUAUCGCGGGCUCUAAGGAGAACUCCCCCGAUCAGAUUUGCUACAAACUACAAUAUGAGCCCUGUUUCGAUUUCCUCUCGGCCGAGGACUAUCGACAUCUUCCUCGGCCAGAGACUGAUGUUACCCAGGGAAUCAAGCGCAUGAAUCAACUGGAAUCUGUGGCGGAGCAUUAUCUCACACAAAUGCUCAAAUCGGUGUCAGAAGAUGAGGUCUCUACCUUUGAGCCGCAGCACCGGCAGUUCUACCGAUGGGCACAGAAGAUGUGUGAACACGCUGGCACAAAGGAUCCCUUGCCGCUUGAUCUCCUCGAGCAGAACAGGACUGUGAAUAGAGCAGGUGAGCUGACUUUCCGAGUGGGCGAACUACUGCCCCAGAUCCUCAGAGGCAAGGUCGAUGCCUUGACUGUUCUGCUGGAGGAUGAUGGCAUUGGCGGAUACUACAGUGACCUCGACGCUCUCCGCGAGGCCUAUGCCAACGCCUCUGUCUGCAUUGACAAGAUGGCGCAUCAGAACCCCGAGCUCAAUGUUAUUGAAAUUGGUGCUGGCACAGGUGGUGCAACAAUGCCCAUUCUACAAAGUCUGGGCGGAGGCGAGCCGGGAUCUACGCCCCGAUUUGGCCACUAUACCUACACCGAUAUUUCCCCUGGCUUCUUCGAGAAGGCCAAGACUAAGUUCGAGAAAUGGGGCCAUCUCAUGACUUACCAGACUCUGGAUGUUUCGGCUGACCCCACAGCUCAGGGCUUCACAACGGGCACGUAUGAUGUUGUCGUUGCUUGUAAUGUCCUGCACGCUACCUCCGACAUCAGCCAAACGAUGGCAAACAUCCGAGCUCUGUUGAAGCCUGGUGGCAAGAUCAUGCUCAUUGAGGAAACCGUCCCAAAGGCUCGCCAUUUCCCAUUCGCACUGCUCUCUGGAUGGUGGUUGGCCAGUGACAAAUUCCGCAAGGAUGGCCCUCUCCUCACUGUCGAAGGAUGGAGCAACGUGAUGAAGGAGAACGACUUUACUGGUGUUGAUAUGUGUGUCGAGGAGUACCCUGGAGCCUCCUUCCAGUCGGGUUGCCUGAUGACAUCCACGGCUAACAGUCCCAUUACCGGGCCGGUCAACCCUGGUGAUGUGGUGAUUGUUGGAAUCGACUCAAUUGGCAGUCUAUCAUCUCUGAGCCUGGAAGCCGGUAUCAAGGGGAUGACUGGUGUCAACCCUAUAACUGCCAUGGACUCUGACGAGGUUGACGUCACAGGAAAAUGGUGCAUCUUCCUUGGAGGCAUGGAUCGUUCGAUUCUAUCGCACCUCACCGAAUACAAAUUCAAGGCUCUGCAACGUCUUCUGAGUCGGGCUCGAGGUCUGCUGUGGGUUGUCCGCCAUAGCAAAACUGACCUGGAGUCCCUUGGCGCGAACAUGGCAAUUGGUCUCGCUCGCACUGUCCGAUCAGAGACUGGACUGCAGUUCGCCACGCUAGAUUUGGGCGAGAAGGAAGAUAUGCCCGACGCCGAAGCCGUGAACCACAUGCUCAAGGUCUUCAAGGGAGUCUUCUGCCAAAAGUCACAGCUGAUGCAGAAUGACUGGGAGUUCGUUGUCCGCAACGGGAAUGUCUGCGUCCCUCGUCUGGUGGAUAAUAACACCUUGAAUCUGAGUGUUCAGCAAGAGACCCCAGAAGCACCUGCGCAGCUGCAGCCAUUUAAACAAGACCGAGCUUUGCGCCUCGCUGCCGGCGCCGGGCGCGGCCUCGACGAGCUUUACUUCACAGACGAUGUCUCACGCAACGGACCCUUGCCUGCCGACCACAUUGAGAUCCGACUUUGCAGUACCGGGCUAAACUUCAGAGAUGUGUUAAUGGCCAUGGGCCAACUUCAAGGUGACAGACUCGGGCAGGAAUGCAGUGGAGUUGUUACCAAAGUUGGCUCUGCGGUCUCCGACUUCAAGGUUGGAGAUCGCGUCUGCGCAAUGUCACCCGGGUGUUUAUCGACGUACACUCGAUGCCCUGCUUCCGGGUCGUGGGUGAUCCCUGACAACAUGCCAUUUGAGAUUGCGGCCUCGAUCCCCGCCGUAUUCUGUACCGCCUACUACUCUCUUAUCGAUCUCGGACGCCUGGCAUCAAAUGAGAGCGUAUUGAUCCACGCUGCUGCAGGAGGCGUCGGCCAAGCGGCAAUCAUCAUUGCUCAGAGCGUCGGUGCCAAGAUCUUCGCGACUGUCGGUAGUCUCGAGAAGAAGAAUUUCCUCAUGGAAACCUACCAGCUGAAGGAGGAGCAGAUAUUCUUCAGUCGUGACAUCUCCUUCGCUCAGGGUAUCCAGGAUGCUACUGGUGGGCAGGGUGUGGAUGUUGCUCUCAAUUCGCUGAGCGGUGAUGCUUUGCAAGCUACGUUCGAGUGCGUUGCUCCGUUCGGUCGGUUCAUUGAGCUCGGCAAGCGAGAUAUCACGACAAAUUCUCGCUUGGAGAUGGCCCACUUCAACAAAAACCUGUCAUUUUCUUCUGUUGAUUUGGGUAUGGUCAGGGAGAAGCGUCCUCAGUUAACCAAGCGUCUGCUGCGUGAUGUGUUCAAGCUGUUUGUCGACACCAAUGCGCAGGAGAGGUGGCCGGUUACUACCAUCCCCAUCUCAGAGGUUGAGACUGGGUUCCGGGCUUUGCAGGGUGGACAGGUAGUUGGCAAAAUGGUUGUCCAGUUUACCGAUGAUUCCAUGGUCAAGGUCCAUCCCGCUCGCAGAGACGAGAAUCUUCUCCGCGCCGAUGCGUCAUACAUCAUUGUCGGUGGAACUGGUGGCAUUGGUCUCGACAUUGCUACCUGGCUCCCAGAAAAAGGAGCUAAGAACAUCAUCCUGGUAUCGCGCAGUGGUCCCAAGACCGAGAAAGCGAAGGAGACUAUUCAGGACAUCAUUCGCCAGGGUGUCAACGUGGAAAUCUGUUGCUGCGAUGUGGCGGAUAAAAAGAGCGUGGAGCACAACCUUGUGCCUCUUCUCGCUCGUAUGCCCCCCGCUCGUGGUGUCGUAUUUGGCGCUAUGGUUCUCCGGGAUACACUGUUCGAAAAGCUCAGCUUCGCAGACUACCAGACCGUGAUGAUGCCCCGAGUGCACGGAAUCUGGAAUCUCCAACGGGCAUUAACAACCACCAACGGCAGCGUAGACUUCUUCAUCAAUCUCUCCUCCGCAGCCAGCUUCGUCGGCAACAUGGGCCAAUCCCCCUACGCCGCCAGCGGCACCUUCAUGUCCGCGCUAGCCCAGUACCCGGAAACCGCCAAGGUGCGCUUUUCAACCAUCGACCUCCCCGUGGUCCGCGGAGUCGGCUAUCUCUCCGACGACCAAAAGCGCGAAGCAAUCACCAAACAACUGGGCACCGAAUCCGUCGACGCGCGCGACAUCCGCGGCCUCGUAACAUCCGCUAUCCGCAACGAGUUCGACGUCUCCUGCGACGGCCACUGCGUUGCCGGCUUCGAAGCUGUCAAAACAACACCAAUCAACGAGCAACCCUUCUGGGUCAAUGAUUCCAAACUCUCGCACCUUCUGCGUCUAUCCACCCUCGCUGGCGCGGGUGCAUUGGCCGAGUCUGCGCAGACCUGCGCCGAGAUCUCCCCGGCUGUCGGCAUCCGACAGGCGAAGACCCGUGAGGCUGCGUCUGGUGUUGUUGGUAGCGCUGUGUUGAGUAAGAUCUCUAGUAUUCUGAUGCGACCGCUCGAAGAGCUUGAUCCUGCUUUGCCGAUUUCUGUUUAUGGGUUGGAUUCGCUCGUUGCUAUUGAGAUUCGGAAUUGGAUUACCCGGGAACUGGAGGCUAAUUUGCAGAUUUUGGAGAUUUUGACGAGUGAUUCCGUACCGGCGCUUGCUGAGACGAUUUUGAAGAAAUCGGGCAUUCUCACGCCGGAGUUGAAGGCUGAUUGGGGGCUUGCCGCUUGA